CCCGAAUCGGUCUGCGUAUUCAUUAUUCUCUGCAUUGAGCUUUGAACUGCCAUAAUUCCCCUAUAUCAUAAUUGGGACAGUCGGAAGAGGCAAGUUUAGUUGAGCAUCGUGUAGAAUAAUACACAUUUCCCAACAUGUCUAUGACAACGAAACAUCGUGAGAUUCUUCAGAAGGCUACUCCUGAUCUUCUGAACGAUUUGCAUGCAGAUGAUAUAAUGCCACACCUUCUAGCAGAUAUGAUAAUUACAUCACAGGAUGCUGCAAAAAUCAAUGCUAAAGCAACCCCAAGAGAUAAAGUAUCAGCGCUUCUGGAUAUCAUACCGACGAGAGGGGAUAAAGCCUAUGGGUCAUUUAUGGAGUGCCUUAAGAAGAUGGAGGGUUCGACUCAUCUAUAUCUUACAGUGAAGAAAUACGAGGACACUUAUCAAGAGCAAUCUGGACCUAUACAUGAAGAAUAUACGCCGCCUAAUCAAGGGAGUGGACAUAGCCCUACUGUUACUCAAAGGGAUGUCAAUCUGACGAUUAAUGCAUCGGGACAUUCAGUUGUAAAGAAUAAUUCCCUAACAGGGCAAAGUAACGUGUUUUAUAAAUAAACGCUCUAUCAUAGUAAAUGUAUUUUUUUUUAAAUUAUAAUAGUACGUAACCUAUUAUAUUUUGAUCAUGUACUUGGCCUAUAAUGAGUAUGACUAUUCAUCGCUAAUUUUAUUUUUCUAUAAGGUGACCUCGACAUUUAAAAUUUGACAAAAGUGCAAAUUAAGCAUAUAAGUAUUAAAGUUGAUUCAUAUUGGCUAAUAUUGAGAAGUUUAAAAUUCUUUGGCUGAUAUCUAGACCCAGUACUGCUGUAACAUUUUAAGGAAGGUUGUUCCAAGAAUUAGUUUAGAACAACAGGGAAUUAUCCUUCGUUUGUUUCUUUUUGUAUAGAAAAUUGUUUGGUAAAUAAAAACAAUUUAGGCAAUGAUCGUAUCAUCAUAUAUCUUUUAGGAUUCAGGGGCAUGCUCUCAAUAUGGUUUGAAAUUGUUUUGUUUUACAUAGAGGCAAGUUAAAAUGUAAUUAUUAAAAAAACAAAGUUUCGUCUUUCAAGCAGGUUUGUUUGGUUUUAAAUUCAGUCAUUUUUUUCACAUUUGUAACUAUAUUUCUUUUAGUUGAAGGAUACAAUUUUAGUUUAACUUCGAGUAUAAUAAAAAAAAACAAUUGUAAACUAUGUUAUAUUUUAUCAUCAUGUUUUUCUCAUCGUUUGUAUUAUAGUAGUAUACAAGCUAUGCAGUUGUCUUGGUACUCAAAUAAAAUUUUUAGAAAUAAAAAAAUCAACCCAAAUUCUCAUACCCAAUCGUGGCUUAUGUACACCCAAGAAUGAAAUAUUGCACUCUUUGCACGUCUUUUGUGUUAAAUUUAAUUAUACGUAGAAGGAAUAUUCAGACAAGAUGGAAAUGUAUUGAAAUUUAAAUGAUGUUUCUAUUGUAAGUAUCGUUCAAGAGCUAAAAUAUGGAGGUUGAAUAAUAGACUGUGUAUGUGCCAGUGGAAGCUUCCGAGGAGGGGAGGGGGUGCAUAUUGAUAAGUUUCAGAGAGUUCUAUAUCUUUGUUCAUUUUCUACAUCAA